GAAAAGUCUUGAUGUCCCGAACGGAGCCGACUGAAACCGAUAAAGUCUCUCUCUGGCAUUGAUAUUCGAUUGGGCCUGGGCCGCCAUUUUGGACUGUGGGGAGUGCUUAAGUUGAGGAUAUCAGUGUUCUAUAUAAUUUUUCACUAUUGAAAAGUUAUCAAAAUUUCUAGUUAGUCAUACCUAUGGCUUGUUUAAAUACUCUGAAACAAGAAAUAAGGACAUUAGAGUCUGUGUUCACAAAAAACCAUGAACGGUUUCAAAUAAUCUCGGCUAGUGUUGAUGAAUUGAGUUGUAGGUUUAUUGGAAACAACGGUAAAAAAUAUGAUAUCCAUGCGAAUAUCACGGAAACCUACCCAGCAGUACCACCAGUUUGGUUUGCAGAUUCAGAAGAAACUAGUAUAACAAAUGCUGUUCAAAUUUUAAGUAAUACAGUAGGUUUGGAUAAUCAUGUCCUACAUCAGGUGAUCAUUCUUCUUAGGGAACUAUGUCGUCUUCACACCCUACCGGAACCUCCAGAUUUGGACAGACUGCAUCUCUUAGACCCCCAAAUGACCAAUCGAAUAAGUAGCAGUGGUGUUGAGGCAAUGGAAGAUGAAGGCCUAGAUAGUGAUGCUGAUAUCGAUAUAGGAGACAGCGAUGCUGAAGAUGAUAGUGACGCUGAUGAGGAACUUGCCAUGGAAAUGGAGGAUAACAGACCAAAAGCUGAUGAAAUGGGCGUAGAACAUUUAGCAACCUUAGAACGUUUAAGGCAAAAUCAAAGGCUGGAUUACCUUAAGGGUUCAGUUUCUGGUUCAGUCCAAGCAACAGACAGACUGAUGAAAGAACUGAGAGAUAUUUACAGAUCAGAUUCUUUCAAGAAAAAAAUGUAUCAAAUCGAACUGGUGAAUGAUUCGCUCUAUGAGUGGAAUGUUCGUCUCAUGUGUGUCGACCCUGAUAGUCCCCUCAGUCAUGACCUGCAGAUUCUCAAAGAGAAAGAGGGUAAAGAUUCCAUUUUACUGAACAUGUUAUUCAAAGAUACCUACCCUUUCGAGCCUCCUUUUGUUCGAGUUGUUUAUCCAGUUAUUUCAGGGGGUUAUGUUUUGGUGGGCGGUGCCAUUUGCAUGGAGUUACUGACAAAGCAAGGGUGGUCCAGUGCUUAUACAGUUGAAGCUGUGAUUAUGCAGAUAUCGGCGACAUUGGUGAAAGGGAAAGCUCGAAUACAAUUUGGGGCUCCCAAAGUGUGUACCCAGGGACAGUAUAGUUUAGCACGCGCCCAACAGAGCUUCAAAUCUCUAGUUCAGAUACACGAGAAAAACGGUUGGUUCACCCCUCCAAAAGAAGAUGGCUAAAAAUACUGGAUUACUUGCACCUAUUUUGUUUUCCCUCAUUUCUCGGUAUGCGUUAAACGCAUCAUUCUAUCUCUGUUUUUGUUGGUAAUAAACUAAACUGUCUCAAAAGUAAACAUUGUUUAUAUUAGUGCCUAUGAGUAGCCAACACCCGUUAGUGAUCUUUUGAGUUUUUGACUUUUAGGGAGAUGUGAUAAAUGUGUAAUUUGAGUGGAAUAUUAUGACUGUAAUUUUUUUGUUGUAGGAGUUUGUAUCUCUGGCCAGUGUUAUGGUGUAAAUAAUUUUUUCUAUGAUAUUCAACUGUGCAAUCAUACCACUAUUUAUGAUGAAGUUUCUAAUUAAAUUUUUUUAGAAAUCCAUUUUUGGGGAGGGUUUCAAAUAGUCUUGGAUAAUGCAAAUAUUUGUUGAUUAUUAUAUUACCAGCAGUACUGUGCAGUACUACAGAUGGAGGUUGAUUUUUACUUACCUUCCGUUUCUGUCUCAUUUCCUAUUGUUAUUUCGUUAAAUAAUAUUUAAAUGGCACUGUAUACACUUUUUUCCGUUUUCCUGCAUUUUAUGACCAUAUCUGUUGAAAAUUCGUUUAACUGAAGCUUCUCAUUUUCUUGUCAUUAAAGUUGUUUUGUAUUGUCAUCAUGUCAUCUGUUACUUUUUGAAUAACAUUAUUGCUCUUCGUCAGAAUUCAAUUUUUCUAAUAUUUUAAGAGACAAGCUUUUUUAAAACUAAAUGACUGUAGGAAAAGGAACUUGAAGUAAAAAAUCAACUUUUACACCUUCAUUGUUGAUUCAUUCGUAUGCUGAUCUCUACUUUAGUAAAAUUAACAUUUGAACAGGGGUGUUGACUAUUUUUUUGUGUUGAGUUUAAACAUGUUUAAAGCUAUAUUUUAACACAAUGUAUACUUAGGAAAUCACAUUUUAAAUUCUCGUCACAUGUCUACUAUGAUGUCAAAUGUUGCUAAAUAUUAGGUAAACUGAUGAAAAGGAUAUAAAGAUUUUUCGUAUUUUUUUUUGUGAAAGUUGAGUUUAUACAUAUCUUUUUAGGCUGAGUUGUGCAAGAACUGCAAUUAAAUAACCUGAGAAAUUAUUCGUUCACUUUAUACAUACAGAAAAUUGGGAGCAAAUAACACAGUACACAAUGCAUUUUAUUGAUUCCUUUAAAGGAAAAUAUUGGUUUUUUCAGAAUUUCUCUAAUGAAAACUUGAAUUUUUAUUCAAAUAGUCAACGUCCCUAUUAUUUCUGGUUCCUCAUGUUUCAACAAGAUCAGACACUAAAUAUAACUUUUUAUGACACUGUAUGUUUUAGACCACUUGCACCAUGAAUUUGAAUUGUAUUGCCAUGUGUGUGUGUUUUGAUUAAAACAAAAUCCAGUGUAUAACUGUAGAUUGGUAUUUCUUGGGUCCUUUAAAUUUUUUGUGAAGAUAAUGAUUUCCAAAUAAUCAUUUAAUAUAAUUGAAUCGAAACUUUUAAGGUGAUCUAUUUUUGUAUAUAUUGCAUACAGACGAAUGCUAAAAAUAGCGGCACAUAAUCAAAUUUCAUUGUACUUUGGGUUUUUAAUUUUUCAUUGUUAUAUGUAUGUUACAUAUUUUAUAUUUAUUACAUUUAUUAGGGUGUCCACCAACCUUAGAAAAGUCGAGAAAGUUUAUACUGGCCCUGAAAAUAUGUAUUGUACAUAUAAUAAAGUAAUAAUGUUACUUGUUCUCCAAACUCAUCUAGUUUAUCUCUUAAAGUUAAGUGCAGUAUUGAAUAUCAUUCAUGCACUAUAGUUUCAUUGAAUCUAUCUACAAAUGUACUGAAGAAAACUAGGAUUCAACAAAAUAAUUCAAACUUAUCUAAAAUUAAGUUGCCAAGUAAAUUUCAAUUAUUUUGGUACCCAAUGAUUUGUUUGAGAUGAUCACAAUGUAGUACCGCAUUUCUACAAUCCCUGUCUGCUUCUAUGGUUCCAUUCCAAACUUCAUUAUUUCCAAACUAUGAUUGUCACACAAGAUGAUCAUGGGUGGGAUGUCAUAAGCCUGGUAACUUAUUUAUAUAGAUAUAUUUGUAUGUUUUUGAGUAUGAUCAUCUCGUACAGAACAAGGUUACAUUUGUAUUGAUAUUCUCUCAUAUAGAUAAGUUCAUUUCUUUCAAAUAUUAUACUUGCAUCCCAUCAACAAGAUCACAUCGUAGAAUAAAGUUGCAACAAUCAUCUAAGUGUAUUUUCAAAGAAGGCCUUAUAAAGAAAUCAUUAAACAAAACGUUAAUCAAAGAUUCACAAAUUGAAGAAAAAAUUCGGUUAAUGUUAUUGUCUUCAAAAUCAUUUUUGCAGAGGUACUUCUGUCGUAAAACCCUACGAAUACACUAGAUCUAUGAUCAGCCUGCAGUCCACUCCUGUUUGUUGCUUGUAUUGAAGGUAUCUAUGGCGAUGUCGGCAAAAAUUUCUUAUACAGCUAGUUACACAUGUUCUGACUCGUCUCUAUUAAUGCUAACUUUUGACAUUUUAAUAUAUGGAGUUGAAAGUAAAUUUCAACAAUUGAAUAUAGAAAAAAAAUCAUUAUAUAAAUUUUGGGAAAAGUAAUAUAGACCUUACCAGUGUGUCUCUCGAAGAACUAAUUGAUCACUAGGACAGAGGAAAAUUAUGAAUGACUAUUGCCUGGUAAAUCCAGUGUAAGUAAAGGCAUCAUAACUCAUUGGAUUUUCGAAAAAUUUCACAAAAUUAGUGGACACCCCUGUUUGAAUAUUUUUUCUAUAAUGAUAAAUAAUUAGUCUAUAUGGCAAACACUUUAUAAUUUAUAUGUUUUCAAUUGAAAUAUUCACGAAACUAAGAGAAUGGCCAGAGAAAUCCAGUAGUAGAUUCAACAACUCAUUCAUUUGAUCUUCACAAUUUCAGCUCUUUAUGUCUAAUAAUAUCUUGUGGAACACUUUGAAAGAGUUUAAUCUCGGAUGAAUAAACAAUUUGAACUGAUUUAGAAGUAAUUUAAGACACGUUUAUCCUACUAGAAUUUCGUUAAAACCUUUACUUUAGGUUUUAAACUUCUUGUAUAUAAUGUAAUGAUAAAGUAUACACGAAUUUUCGUGGUUUUUUGUUAUUUUCACUUCAUUUGUUUUUUACUCAUCCAAUUCUCUAUUUCGAUUGGAGUUCCCCACAACUGUUCAAAAUGAAAAUUGUACAGUAACUUUGGUUCUUAUACUCUUAUUUCUAGUUAUCAAUUUAUUAUUUUUUCAUUAUUUCGAUUGGCAGCAAAAUGUCAGAUAUUGUAUAUAAACUUGUUUUUCUCUGAUCAGAUCAACUUUGUCUGUGACCGUGCUUUUAAUUUAGUUUUUAAAGUGAAUAAACUCCAUUAUUAUGUA